AUGAGAAGUAAGGUCUCCCCUGGUAGUGCUGGAACCAGGGGAAAUAUAGAAGGAGGAGGGGAAGACAGGGAAGGAGGAGUGGAUAAGAAGGAGAGAGCGAGAGAAAAGAGAAAAAAAUGUAUAAGGAUAAUGAAUAGAGAGGAGGAAGAAAUAGAGAAGGAGGUGAGAGAGGAGGAAAUAGGAGAGGAAGGCAGAACGGAAGACAAGUCAGUAAAGGAUAAAAAGGGAAAUGAGGUCUUGGAAAAUUUAAGAAAAGACUGGGUCCUCGAAUACUUGUCAGGAGAGGAAGAGGCGGUAUUAACUGCAGCAGCUAAAGAGAAAAGUGAAGAGGAGAGCCAAGAGAGAAGAAAAGAAAGGAAUGAGGAAGAAAGAAUGGAUAUAGAGGAGUGUAAGAAAAGAAGUAGGGAGAGAGAGAUGGAAGAUGACUCACGGGAAGAGGAAGAGGGGACGGAGAGGAAGAGGAUAAAGGAGGUGAAGGAACAUGAAGUUGGCGAGGAAAACGAGGAGAAUAGGUUGGCAGGAGUGACAGUGUUGGCAAUGGCAGAGAUGCCAGCGCCGGAAGAGAAGAAGCGGUGGCGUGGUAAAAUAGCGAAGGACGCAACAAGUGUCGGCCAUUUCAGUUUAGAGAGUGGUGCGAGAAGGUCGAGAAGUGUAAGUAGUGAGCGUAUAGAGAAAGACAAAGAGGACAACAAGGUGUUGCAGGAGAAAAUAGGUAUUAAAGACAAUGCUUGUAAUAAUAAGAUAGUAGAUAAGAAGGAUAGUGAUAGGGAAAGCACAAAAAAUAAUGAAAAAGACAGAAGUAAGACUGACUUAGUGUUAAGAAACGCGUGCGGGGAAAAUGGCGUGGGUGUCGAACACGUGGCUAACGAAAGAGUGAAUGAUAAGUCUCCAACAAGGAGAGGUAGAGAAUGGGGAAUGCAGUUAUAUGAUGAUGAUGUAAAUAAGGAUGAGUAUGUGGUGUGCAUGAUUUUAAAAAAUAGACAUGUAGGCAAUACUAAUAAUAAUAGAAGGGAUAGAGUAAUAAAAGCGUCGAAGAGAAAUAAUUUAAUUAAUCUAUACAGAGUAGCCCAGGGCGCUGGCGUUAAGAUAAAAAGUAUUAAAAUGGUCGGUUUUAACAGGGCAGAAAUCGUGACAAGGGAGAGAGAAGAGGCGAACGCUUUAUUAAGAAAAUAUAGCAGGCCGGAAGGAAGAGUGAGAGCAUUCUUAUCAAGAAGAAUGGCCUACAGAAAGGGAAUUAUCUACGAAUGGGAGGACUCGGUGGACGAACUAAGAGAGGAGGCGAUGCCGGGACAGGGCCAAUACGUGCUCGAAAGGAUGACGAAAAGAAGAAUCAUCGACAGAAAGGUUGUGUUUAGUCCUUUAAGAACAAUUUUGAUUACUUUCAAGGCGGGCGUAUUACCCACGCGCCUACUGAUAGGACAAGGCCACGUGGGAAUUAGAAUAGAGUCCUAUGUGGAACCGGUCAAGCAGUACUUCCGUUGCUUGAAAUUCGGACACUACCAGGCCCAGUGUAGGGAGGAACAUAAAAGAUGUGCGAUGUGUGAUGAUAAACAGCACGGUGAAUGUGACAGGAAGCCUAAGUGCCUUAAUUGCGGAGGUGAACAUGGAUCUCUUGCCAGGCAGUGCUGGGUAUGGCAAAGGGAGGCUGCCAUUAAAAAGGUAAUGGCUUAUAAAAACGUCGAAUUCGAUACUGCUAGGGGGAUGGUGGCGCGUGCCACGGGAGACGUGAAACCGGAUAGAGUUGAGGGAGUCGAGGAGUUUAUGGGGAGUAGUGGGGACUUCCCAAUACUACCAAUGAAGAAAAGAGAGAACUGGACAAUAUUAAAAGAACAAGACCUGGAAGAAAUAAUAGAAGGGUCGCAGGUGGUAAAGGGAAGAGCGGAAGAGAAAAGGACGGAGGAGGAAGAAGAGGACUGGCGACAAGGAGCUUGCGGAGACAGAGAGGAGAAUGCGAGCGGAAAGGAGGGUACGAAUGGAAAGGAAGAGGAGGAAGGGUGGAGAAAGGUUAAGAGAGGUAUAAAGCCUGCAUGCCUUAAUGAAAAGACUGAUCUAGUAGUAAUGGGCAACAGAUAUCUGUGUCUUGACUGCAAAAAGAAGACUGAGGGGAAGAAGAAAGAGGGCAAGAUAGAGAUAUUAAAAAGGAUACCUCUACCACAUUUAAUGGUGGGAGAAGAACCGGAGGGAGACUGUGAAUACGAAAGAUUAGAAUGGGCUCUCAAUAAGGACGAAAUGGAGAAGGAGAGGAGGAGAAUAAGAAGAGAAAAGCAGAUGAAUAGAGAAUGGCUCGUCGAACUCGAAAAGAGAAAAGAAGACGAGAUAUUGGAAGAAGUCAUAAAAAUGCUAAAAGAGAAAAACCUCGAAGGGAAGUUCCACGAGAUAGUGAGAACGCGGAAGUACAGAGAGAGAAGAACGGUGCACUCCGACCCAGAAGAAGACUGGAAUGAGGUGACAAGCCCCCCCUUUGAAAUAGAGAUAGAUCAGAGGACCAGAGACAGAUUAAGAAGAAGGGUAGAAAAAGAAAGGGAGGAAUUGAGGAAAAGGAAGGAGGAGGAAAUGAUUGAGAAAGUUAUGCUGAGAGAGUGUUGGAAGAGAACAAGGGAAGUUAGAGGAAGGACAACAGCAGAAGGAAAUAAAGAUGGAGGAGACAACGAGAAAGGAAAGGAAAGGAAGGAGAGUGGAGAGUCUGCGGAGGAGGAACUAAAGUCAAAGGAGAAAGAAGAAGGGGAGAGGAAGAGUACAGGAACAGAAGAAGAGCAGGAAAAAAAAUGA